AUGUCCCCCCUCUCGCCAGAUCCUUCUGGAGAAAAUACCCCGUUGUUACGCUCCACGGAAGUAAACAUGUCAUCGCCACAAAAUGAGACUGAGGGUUCUCUCGAAGGAGGAACCCCCAACGAUGCAGCCCGCAUCCGUCAGAUUGUUCGCAAAAUUGACUGGCGACUCAUUCCGUUGUUAUUUUUCACGUAUAUGCUCAAUUUCAUGGACAAGACCAUCUUGUCCAGCGCGUCUGUGUUCGGGUUAAUUGAUGAUACUCACCUCGUCGGCCAGCAAUACAGUUGGGUAUCCAGCAUCUUCUACUUUGGCUACUUUUUCUGGGAAUAUCCAACCAAUAUCCUUAUUACGCGUUUGCCCGUCGCCAAGUAUUUGGCGUUUACGGCCUUUUUCUGGGGAGCCGUUGUCGCAUUGACGGCUGCAUGCGUCAAUUAUGGCGGCCUUUUGGCCGUUCGUUUUUUGCUAGGUGUCGCUGAAGCCACGAUCACUCCUGCCUUCAUGUUCAUCACCACAACAUGGUACACGCGCGAUGAAAUCCCCGUUAGAACGGGAAUAUGGUUCUCCGGCAACUCCAUUGGCGGUCUCGUCGCUAGUCUUUUGGCGUAUGGAGUGGGCCAUAUCACGCACCCACUUCAUCCAUGGAUGUGGAUGUUCAUCAUCCUCGGCAUUCUCACAUUUCUCUGGGGCUUUGUGCUUCUCGCUUUCUUACCGGACAGCAUCUCUACCGCCAGCUUUCUCGACGCAGAGGAGAAAGAGAUCAUCACCAAACGCGCGAUUAUCAAGGGAACAGGUCGCACGGAACAAGCCUCCUGGCGCUCGGAUCAAACCAUUGAGUGUCUGCUAGACCCCAAGACAUGGCACGUCUUCUGCAUCACAAUUCUAACACAAAUCCCCAAUGGUGGCACACAAAACUUCGCGAAUUUGGUGAUCAAGUCCUUCGGUUUCACAUCCCUACAGUCUACGCUCGUCAAUAUCCCCGCCAGCGUUGUUAGUGCGGCCUCAAUCGCAUCAACAGGGUGGUUGGCAGGUCGAUACUCCCACCUCAACAACAUCCUAAUAAUCUGCAUCGUCGCGCUCGCCGUCACAGGCAGCGCAAUAAUCUACUCCCGAAGCCAUAUUCCGCACAAAGGCGCGCCGUUGUUCGGCUACUUCUUACUCCAAACGGGACCGGCAAUCUUACCGCUGGUAAUGUCUCUAGUGCAAUCAAACUACAAGGGCGUCACGAAGAAACAGACCAUAACGGCGAUGAUGUUUAUCGCUUAUUGUGCGGGAAACAUUGCGGGACCGCAGUUUUUCAAGACGUCUGAAGCGCCGGUUUAUCAGACGGCGUUUAGGACGAUCCUCAUUUGUUAUGUGCUUGCGGCUGUGUUGGCGGGGUCGCUGAGGUUUUAUUUGGCUUGGGUGAAUAAGAGGAGGGACAGGGAGGAGGGUGUUACCGUUGUUGAGGCCGGUGGUGAGACAACGACAGUGCCGGGUAAAGAUUUGGAUGCGGCUGUGGUGACAGAUAUUCCGUUGCAGGCGGAAGAUUAUGAAGAUGUUACAGAUUGGAAGACGGUGGGAUUUAGGUAUCGUCUAUAG